ACAUUACUAACUUACGCUAAGAAUGUUAGUAACAGAGAAAAAAACAAAUUAAAAAAAAAUUCUAAAUACAAAUACUUAGAAAUACAUAAAAAAGGGGAAGUAUGUUGGUCCAAAAAUAAAAUUAGCAAAUGCGUGAGGCAAGGGUGGUGAGCAUUGGGUGCAGACGAUGUGUUUAUCCAGUCUGGCCGAGGUAGAGAUACCGGUUGGUCGUUGUGGAAAGUGGAGCUCUUAUUAGUUUGACUUUUAUUAUCAAUUAACCAUGGAGACCAAUGGUAAUAAUCAUAAUCAAGAGAGCAGUGUCAUGAGAAUUGGAUCUAGAGAUAGUGAGCUGGCUCUGAAACAGACAUAUAUGGUGAGAGAUUCCCUACAGAAGAUACAUCCUGACAUGAAAUUCGAGAUUGUGACUAUGAAAACCAAAGGUGACAAGAUCCUGAAUGUUGCCUUAUCCAAGAUUGGCAGCAAAAGCCUCUUCACUAAAGAGCUGGAAAUUGCCUUAGAAGAGGGGACAGUAGACAUUGUUGUUCACUCGCUUAAGGACCUCCCAACCACACUCCCUGAGGGUAUGGUCAUAGGUGCAAUCUGUGAGCGUGAAGAUCCUCGCGAUGCAGUUAUCAUGCACCCAAAGUACUCGGAUUACAAACUAGACUCUCUUCCUAAAGACUCUGUCAUUGGAACCAGCUCUCUACGACGUGGUGCCCAGCUCAAGAGACGAUUUCCUGAUCUCAAAUUUGAGAGUGUAAGAGGGAACCUGAACACACGCUUACGGAAACUUGAUGAGGCAGAUGACUAUGCAGCUUUGAUUCUGGCUGUUGCAGGGGUGGUGAGGAUGGGAUGGAAGAACAGAAUUUCUCAGUAUCUGGAUGAUGACCUAUGCAUGUAUGCUGUGGGACAGGGAGCGCUUGCUGUGGAGUGUCGAGAAGGGGACACCAACACCAUAGAACUGCUAGGCCAACUUUGUCACACCCAGACAAUGAUUGCUACCACAGCUGAGAGGGCCUUCAUGCGGACUUUGGAGGGUGGUUGCUCUGCACCUGUGGCAGCUCAUACAAAGAUAACAGAUGACACUAUUGAGCUGAAAGGUGGAGUCUGGAGCCUAGAUGGAUCAGAGGAACUUCUCAAAACCCAGUCUGUGUCACUUCAGGCAGCUGAUUCCACCGAUGGCAUCCAACCUCCUGCAAAAAUGGCAAAGACCUCCAUUACUCUGUGUGGCAUUGUGCCCCAUCCAAAGUAUGCUGAAAACAUGGUAAAAGCACAUGAGCUUGGAGUUGAUCUGGCCACUGCAUUGUUAGAGCAAGGUGCUGAAAGGAUCUUGAAAGAUGCCAAAGCUGCAAAUGCUGCCAGUGCCCCAAAUGUUCCACCACAGAAGGUAACUGUUCUUAGUGAAUCUACUCAAGAGAAAGAAGAACAAACAGUUCAAAGUUCAUAGACUGUUUUAGGCUGAAAUAUGUAGUAAUGAAAUUAUAUUCUUAAUGAAUAUAUAUACAUAUAUAUGAAUAUGAUAUUAAUAAUGAAUAUGAAAUUGAUUGAUAAACUGUAUAUUUUUUAUGAUGGAGACUGUGAUCGAUUUUUUUUGUAUAAUAAUUCUAAUAUGUAUAUAAGACUUAUGACUCAAUACCAGCUUACAGCAUAAACAAAUGUCUUUGUGAUAGAGCUGUGCCUUUUUGGUAGCUGUUGUAUAUUUAUGUUUCUAUAAUAAGAAUAUCUGUCAGAAAUAGUAUUAUAAGUACAUAUCAAAGAUCUGGGAAAAGAAAAGGAAAUACCUCUUUCCAUUGUCCAUUUGCUGCAGCAAAUUAAUUAGUAUAUUUGCCUAUAAUAAUGCCAUUUUUCAUGCUGAUGUUGUGUUCACAUCCACAGUAAAUAUGAACCAUGAAUUAACAUUAUAUAGUACUGUUGUGUUCUUUCUUUGUUUUGUGUUAAUGGGGCAGAUUGCAAUAUUACAUUUUAGUGAAGGUACUUGUAAAUAACUCUUCUUUUGGAACUGUCUUCCAUAACUGCAAAGAGUAUGAAUGUUUUUGAAGUGUACUUAAUUUAUUAAAUUUUCCUGUCUUGCUGUCAAAUUACUUCAGACUUGUAAAAAUGGUGACUUUCCAGUGAUUUGAUAUUAAUACAUUUUAUAUUGAAAAUUAACCCAUUGAUGCCGGCUACUUGUACUGUUGACUGUAGUUUUGUUUUGUGAAUUUUGUCUACACAUGGAAUCAGUUAGGAAGCCUAACUAACCUUACCGGAUUUACCCAUUUCUUGUAUUUUCAGGGAAAUUUUGUUUUCCAAGUACUAUUAUUAUUAUUAUUAUUAUUAUUAUUAUUAUUAUUAUUAUUAUUAUUAUUAUUAUUAUUAUUAUUAUUAUUAUAAAAAUAAAAUUAAAAAGUUUUCCAAAAUUCAAGGAAAGGGCUAAGCAAGUGAGAUCAAGAAGACUAGUAGCUGAUUCAUUGGUGACUGAGUAUUUAUUGAACAAUAAAAAAUCCUAUAGUAUACAUGCCACAUAUGUAGAGUACAUAACAUGCAAGUGUCAACAGGUCAGUACUGUUAAUUGGAAUAUAAUGAAAUGACAUUUUUGUGGUCAUUGUACUUUGAAUAUAUUAAUAUGAGUUUUUUUUAUGUAUGUUUAUUGUGAAGUACAGCAGUGAUUACUGAUUUUAGAUUCUUGAUAGAGAAAACUGAAAAAAAUUUUAGUUAAAAAAAAUGGUGAACGCAUUUUAUUGAACUGAUCUUGUUAUUAACAUUAAGCAGCAAAUGCUUUCUCUCUCUCUUGAGUGGUAGGAGGAUCUUUCUUUAGAACAAAAUUGAAAAAGAACAAAUUUCUUUUUAAUUUUUCAGUGAAAUUAUUAUGAAUUAUCAAAUAUUAUCUAGGCAGUCAGUAUGUUAUAGAUAAUGGGCACAGAGAUGGUGAUAAUGUUUAGUCAAAAUUUAACAUAGUUCUAUAUUUUUAUUACAGGUUUAUAUUUCUCCUUUUUUUAUUAUUCAAUAUUUUAUUAUUAUUAUUAUUAUUAUUUAUUUAUUUAUUUUUUUUCAAAAAAUUUCAAUACCUUGUGGUGCUAGUUUAUUUUUUUACUAGAAAUCUUAGCAAACCUCAUAUUUUUGUAUAAUUUUAUGCUGUCCUUUUUACCUUAAUUCAGGUUUAAGAAAUGCAGAAGCAUUAUUAAAGAGAAGGUGAAAUAUU